CCGGCCAUUGGUUGACUUCUGAACUGCAGUACCCGGAUGUUCACGGUUCUCUAUAAAUAGUAGCUGUGUCCGCGGGAGGGUUUUUGCUUCGAGUCCGGGCCUUGUGUUAGUGUAUUGUGAAGCGAGCUUCGACCAUGGCUGGUGGCAAGGCUGGUAAAGAUUCUGGUAAAUCGAAAGCAACUUCGGUUACCCGCUCUUCAAGAGCAGGGCUGCAGUUUCCAGUGGGCCGUAUCCAUCGGCUUAUGAAGAACAGAACAACCAGUCAUGGAAGAGUUGGUGGAACAGCUGCAGUGUACACAGCAGCCAUUUUGGAGUAUCUUACUGCUGAGGUCCUUGAGCUGGCAGGAAAUGCAUCAAAAGAUCUGAAAGUCAAACGUAUUACACCACGUCACUUGCAGCUUGCCAUAAGGGGUGAUGAAGAAUUGGAUGCCCUCAUCAAGGCUACUAUUGCUGGUGGUGGGGUCAUUCCUCAUAUUCACAAAUCUUUGAUUGGCAAGAAAGGGCAGCAGAACACUGUUUAACUCCACCAUCGAACAUGGAUGUGGACUUGACUUCUCUGGAAUUUGCUUGACUUUCCAUCUGCGUUACAACCAGGCAUUUGGAACGUAACCAGUUUUAAGUUUUGGCUUCAAAGAAGCCAGUUCUGCAUUGCAUCGGCUGGGAAUUAUUUUUAACUUUUUAAGCAGUUUUUUUUUUUCUAUUGAACUACAAUUGUUUUUCUGACUUAAUAAAUGUUAACCAUUCCUUCUU